AUGCUGAACCCUGAGGCUGCUGAUAUUGCUUUGGAUGGGUUAACCAAUGCCACCGCUUCUUUCGCAAGGAUGGAAGGGUCCAGUGGACGAAAGGAUACAUCUUUCUACUGCUUUGUGUUUGCAUCCCUAGUCUCUCUGGUUUUGGUGCUUUCCAACGAGCUUCGCCAAAGGAAACGCUUGAGCGUCUUCUUGCCAGAAGCUGGAAUGAUCAUUCUGGUGGGAAUGGCAGUCAGCGUCUUUGUGGAGACCACGGUACUAGAGGAGCAAGCCUUGAUGGACAGACAAGACUUGGGUCCAUCUUCAUCUUCAGCUGCCUGGGCUACUAACCUCCUGUCCUUUCAUUCCGAUGCCUUCUUUAUGCUUUUGCUGCCUCCCAUUCUCUUCAAUUCGGGGUAUCAGCUCAAGAGAGAACUAUUCUACCGUCACAUUGGACCCAUUGUACUAUUUGCUGCACUGGGCACCAUAUUGUCUGCACUCUCAGUGGCCCUCACCCUGUCUGGAAUCCAGACCCUGGGGGGAUUCUGGGGAGGCUUCAACCCAUCUCUCUUGGAACUAUUGGCCUUUGGCUCACUCAUUGCUGCCACGGAUACCGUCAGCACUAUGUCCAUUCUACACGCCAAGAAGGUCGAUCCGCGCCUAUUCUAUGUAGUCUUUGGAGAAUCCGCUCUCAAUGAUGCCGUCGCAUUGGUACUCUUCAAGACUUUUGUCGACUUUUUAGGUCAAGACAUUACCGAGUUCUCUUCCCGAAGUGAGCUUGUCUUUCGGCUCUACAAAGACUUUGCCUUUCAAGCCAUCUGCUCGCCCUUGUUGGGAAGUAUUUUCUCCAUUGCAGCUGCAGUCAUCUUUCAACGUAGGGAUUUUCAAGGUAAUCACUCCGUCGAAUUGACCUUGUACUUGCUCAUCAGCUACAUCCCCUACAUGGUCGCAGAGUAUCUCGAGCUCAGCGGCAUUGUCACCAUCUUCUUUUGCGGAUUGGCGGCUCGACGCUACACUACACCGCAUCUAUCGGAUCAAACCAACCAAAAUGCCAAUGUCAUUUUCAAGACGGCCGCCUAUCUCUCCGAGACUUGUAUAUUCUUGGAAAUGGGGUUGAGUGUCUUUUCUCUCUCCACCACUCAAUGGGAAUGGGGCUUUAUCCAAUGGGCCUUUUUGGCAACCCUGCUUGGGCGGGCCAUUAGCAUAUAUCCUAUUUCCAUUGCCUGGAACUUGGCGCUGUCAAAACGUGUAUUUGUUCCGGUCGUAGCGGACGACCAGCCGCCUCCUGCUGUGGGCAAUUUUGAUGGUGAAGAAGACGAAGACAUAUCCUGGUGUGACAAUCUAUCCAGGAGCUCUUUUGGGACACACCACAACAUUUCCAUCGGUCUGGGUAGUACCGGUACUGCCCCACGUCCGUCAUCCUACUACUACAAGUCCACUAGGACCACACCCCUUUCGCGCAAAGAUCUAGAGAUUAGUAGCAACAUGAUGCAUGUACUUUGGUUUGCGGGGAUCCGUGGGUCUGUGGCGUAUGCAUGUGUGAGGGAUUUGCCAGGGGACAACACGGACGAAUUCGUUGCCGCUACAACAGUCAUUAUCCUCGUGACAACCUUUGUCAUGGGUGGACUCACUCCAGUUGUACUCGCCUAUUUGAACGUACCCAUGAAUGUCAAUGAGGACGAGUAUCUCCAAGAAUGGCAAAGGCAACGAAUGCAAACUAGCACAACGCUUCAGGAAAGCUCCUAUGGUACAAGGCUAACAGUUGAUCAGCGAGGUAUCGAGGAGUCGCUGUUUGGUGCAUUGCUCGUCGUCUCGGUUCCAUCGAAGACAUCGAGUAGUGAAAGUGACGAGAGCCCUCCACCUCCACCACCCCCACUGCAAGUCGACUGGCUACCACAACGGCAGCAAGCAUUAUCGCCAUCGUAUCAGCACCAGGGUCCCACUGCUGGCCCAUUCCCAACGGAUCACAUUGUCAUUCCUACCAUGAAUGAGUACCCUUCUCCGCAACGACGUCAUCAUCAUUGUCUUGGACGAUCCGUGCCGGACCUUUCUGACCAUGUGCUUCCUCACGGAGGACGAACGAUGUACUCCUCUCGCUUUUUUGGUACGAGUAGUAUGAUUUCGGACCUUUCCAAUCCAGUCUUUGACGACGAUUCUUCUUGUGAGGGAUGCUCACAUCCCGCGGCGAAGAGGCCCAGAACCGUGGUUGCGGAAGAUCCUCGCCAUCACCUUCAAGGCAGUAGUAGCCCAGAUAGUGAUCCUCCUGAAGCGACUCCUCCUCUGAGUCGAGGUAGCAUCCAUAGAAAGACCCCGUGCAGCACGAACGAUGAGAGGCGUCGAAUGACAUGUAUCCAAACUCCUUUGCUGGGUGGUCCUUCCUGUGGGAUUGGGACGUAUACUACUUGGCUCGGGGAAGAAAUGCGCCCUCAGUUCUCUCAGCAGACGGUGGUAUGCUCACGAAAGAAUGAUAGUGUUCAGUCACACUGGGACACCAAACCACACCGUGGAACCUUAGAGGAUUUCGGUUCUGUUCGCUUCAGACCAGAUUCGUAA